AUGCUCUUCUUUAGGCACACAAGGAAGCUCCUGGAACAGUGGCGGCUUUGGAGGAGGCAAGUCUGGAACAACGACGGCACCGCCGCCCUGGAGCACCUUGGCGGAAACGACUGGAACGGUUCUGGAGGAGAACGGGGCGGUUUCAGAGGCAGCGGGCGCAGCCGAGGAUUUGGCAGACAGGACCGCAGCGAUGGAGACAGGGAUGGAGCUCAUGAAAAUGGCUUCAGGGGAGGAAGAGGAGGAGGAGGGUUCAGACGAGGUGGGGACAGCGGAGGAAGCUCUGGAGGAGGCUACCGGGGGAAAGACGAGGAGAGCUUCACUCAUGGAGAAGCUAGAGAUCUGGAAAAGGAGGAAGCGGAGGGAGAAAGACCACGGGUCACGUAUGUUCCCCCAACACUCCCUGAGGACGAAGACUCCAUCUUCGCCCACUAUGAGAAAGGCAUCAACUUUGACAAGUACGAUGACAUCAUGGUGGACGUCAGUGGAAGCAACCCACCGCAGGCCAUCAUGACCUUUGAUGAGGCGGGAUUGUGCGAGUCCCUGAGGAAAAACAUCAGCAAGUCUGGUUACGUGAAGCCGACGCCUGUGCAGAAGCACGGCAUCCCCAUCAUCUCUGCUUCCAGGGACCUCAUGGCCUGCGCCCAGACGGGGUCCGGCAAAACGGCUGCCUUCCUGCUCCCCAUCCUGCAGCAGCUCAUGGCCGACGGCGUGGCAGCCAGUUCCUUCAGUGAGCAGCAGGAGCCCGAAGCCAUCAUCGUGGCCCCGACCAGGGAGCUCAUCAACCAGAUCUACCUGGAGGCCAGGAAGUUUGCCUUUGGGACCUGUGUGCGUCCGGUGGUGGUCUACGGUGGAGUCAGCACGUCACACCAGAUCAGAGACAUCUUCAGGGGCUGCAACGUGCUGUGUGGAACCCCAGGGAGGCUGCUGGACGUGAUUGGAAGAGGAAAGAUCGGCUUGACGAAGCUCAGGUACCUGGUGCUGGACGAGGCCGACCGCAUGCUGGACAUGGGCUUUGAGCCCGACAUGCGCCGCCUGGUGGGCUCCCCGGGGAUGCCAUCCAAAGAGAACCGUCAGACUCUGAUGUUCAGCGCCACCUACCCGGAGGACAUCCAGAGGAUGGCGGCUGACUUCCUCAAGACGGACUACUUGUUCCUGGCUGUGGGCGUGGUGGGCGGAGCCUGCAGCGACGUGGAGCAGACCUUUAUCCAGGUCACCAAGUUCUCCAAGAGGGAGCAGCUCCUGGACAUCCUGAAGACCACAGGGACGGAGCGCACCAUGGUGUUCGUAGCGACCAAGAGGCAGGCCGACUUCAUCGCCACCUACCUGUGCCAGGAGAAGGUUCUGACCACCAGCAUCCAUGGUGACCGGGAGCAGCGGGAGCGAGAGCAGGCUCUGGCAGACUUCCGCUUUGGCAAGUGUCCGGUGCUGGUGGCCACGUCGGUGGCCGCCCGGGGUCUGGACAUCCCAGACGUCCAGCACGUGGUGAACUUUGACCUCCCCAACAACAUCGACGAGUACGUCCACCGCAUCGGGAGGACCGGCCGCUGUGGCAACACCGGGAAGGCCGUGUCCUUCUACGACCCCGACGCCGACUGCCAGCUGGCCCGCUCCCUGGUCACGGUGCUGUCCAAGGCGCAGCAGGAAGUGCCCUCGUGGUUGGAGGAGUCGGCCUUCAGCAGCGGUGGAGCUGCAGGAUUCAACCCCUCCAGGAAGAGCUUCGCCUCCACCGACUCCAGGAAGGGCGGGUCUUUCCAGGAGCAGGACCUGAGGAGCCAGCCUGCUGCUGCUGCUCCAGAGGAGGAGGAGUGGGAGUAGAGGAAGAAGAG